AUGAACCCACCUGACCCAACUCAAUAUGACGCUCUUGGUUUUCUCGAUUGUGUGAAAUCGGCGUAUCCUGACAGCCGGACCACUUACACCGCGUUUUUACACAUCUUGGCAGAUUUCAAGGCUGAAAGAAUAUCUGUAACGGAGCUCAUGUAUAAAUUCAGAGACCUCUAUCGGGACAAGCCUCAACUCUUCAGGGGUUUCGGGCAGUUCUUGCCUGAAGGGUAUAGAAUUGAAGCUGAUGGUACUGUCGUCACUCCUCAUGAUUAG